AUGGAUCAACGUCACAGAUGGAUGGUGACGGCAAAGUUCGAGAAGCGAGCUCUUCUCAUCGCCGUCAAUGGCCUUGCCGGAAUGUCAAUUUUCUUCUUUGGAAUGAUGGGCGGCGUAAACAAUGCCAAACACUACAUCGAUCUUAUGAAAUUCGGAUAUGUCGACGCUGGUGGCACUCCAGUGGUGACCGACACUCUCCUUGAAGGCGGCAUCAUGUCCGUUUUCUAUCUCGGCACGCUCAUCGGCUGCAUGGUCGGAGGAUCCAUCGGCGAUCGAUUUGGCAGGAUCAAGACUAUUGCGAUUGGUGCUCUGUGGGGGAUCUUCGGCGCUUCUCUGCAGUGUACCGCCAUGAACUCGAACUGGAUGAUCUGCGCUCACCUUCUCAAUGGUAUUGGCACCGGCACCUUGAACGACAUCGUGCCGAUCUGGGCAUCGGAACUCGCAGACUAUACUUCUCGAGGUGCUUUCAUUGCCAUGGAGUUUACUUUGAACAUCUUUGGAGUUUCGGCUUUCCGAUGGCGCUUCCCUAUUGCCUUCCAGAUCAUUCCGCUGCUGUUCUUGCUCUUUGGAUGCUUCUUGUUCCCCGAAUCGCCUCGCUGGCUUUGCAAGGUUGGCCGAGACGACGAAUCUCUCUACAUCCUGCAACGACUCCGAGGCACUCAAGACGGUAUCGCCGAGGCCGAACUUGCGGACAUCAAGGAUGUGGUCCGGCUUGAACAGUCGGCUGAGGGACCCAAGUACCACCACAUGCUCUUUGGUCUUAAGUCAGAAAAGCUUCACACGGGUCGAAGAGUGCAAUUGGUUAUUUGGCUGCAAAUGAUUCAGUGCUGGACGGGCAUCGCCGCCAUCUUCCACAUUGCCGGUUUCGGUCCCUCCAAGGCCCUCUGGAUCUCGGGAUUGAACAACAUCUUCUACAUGUUCGCCACACUCAUCUGUGUCUUCACAAUCGACAGAAUAGGAAGACGUUGGACACUGUAUUGGGGCUCAGUGGCCCAAGCCAUUGCCAUGUUCCUCGUCGGUGGCCUAUCUCGUGGCGGUCUCAAUGCUAGAGCCGCUGGAAAUGACAAUGUUGCCAACUCCUGGGGAGCCGCAGCCGCUACAAUGGUCUUCCUAUACACGUUUGUGUUCGGCGCAACUUGGCUCACCGUGCCUUGGCUGUACCCGGCGGAGAUUUUCCCCUUGCAGGUCCGAGCGAGGGGCAAUGCCUGGGGUGUUGUUGGAUGGAGUAUUGGCAAUGGUACUUUGACAUUAGUUCUUCCAUACAUCAUUGGGGCCAUCAACGAAAGUGCAAUGUACAUCUUCGCUGCCAUCAACGUUAUCAGUAUCCCCAUUGUGUGGGCUUUGUACCCGGAGUCGAAUCAGCGAACCCUAGAGGAGAUUGACUUACUCUUCGCAACAGACUCGCCUUGGACCUGGGAUGCAAAAAAGAAGUUCAAAGAGCUCAAAGCCGAGCACGAAAGUCGUGUUGGUGCCGUUCGAGCAGCUGUUGAGGGUGACCUGGAGGGAAAGGGAGAGAACUCCAGCACCCAUGUGAAGAAGUCUUCUGGCUCGGAAAUUCAGUGAUUCAGGCAUCAUACUCUGCAGUCGAAAUCGUUCCAAUUCCAGCACGUCCAUACAUGGGGUGCCCUCCGUAGAAAGGCAAAAGGAAUAGUCUUGCAGGGGUGUUCGAAGGAUGGC